GCUCAGCAGGGUCAGCAAUAAGAGGGGUUAACCUCCUUUGGCAGGGGAAGUUAAAGGCCUGCAGGCAGUUCGGGUUUGGCGCCGAGACGGUGGGAGGAGAGUGGCGUUGCCCGGAAAUUAAAGGCCUCGUGAUUGCAGUAAGGAGUUGUGGCUGUUCCGAAGCGGAGGGAGGAAGAAGGGGGUUUCGCUGCCCUGACGGGGAGAGCGCGGUCCUUGCGGGGAAGGUGCUCGCGCUAAAGCGCAGGGUUUGGUCUCCUCGGUGCGCAAAGGGAAGAGCGGCUGCCUGGCCCCGGGCGCGGGAGGCGAGAGGAAAAAGGAAGCUCCUUAGGCUGAGCUGGAGAGCGGAGUGGGGCGCUUAACAGUCGGAGGGAGCCACGGCGGAGGAAGAGGAGACCUCGGCAGCCCAGGGGACCGGGAAGCAAGACGCAGAGAAGCUGGCGACGGGCUCUGGCGUUUCAAGGCCUCGAGGAGAAAGGGCGCGCGGUGUCGUCGUAGAGACAGCGAGAGAGAGCGGAGCCAGGGACUCCUCGCUCCCAGAGGAGCGAGACAGGGCCGCCCCGCUGCGGGGCCAGGCGAGCUUGUGAGCAGCCCGAGGCUAGAUGCGCCGCGACUGCGUUCUCUAACUUCUUCUCAAUGUGGUUGGCAGCAGUACCGAACGCCCCGCAAUGAAGCGAGUCGCGGCGCUGCAGCAGGUCUCCGACUGGAGCGACUUCGUCCGCGGCCACUGCCUGCGGGAGCUGCUGGACCAGCGCCGUCCGAGCGAGGCUCCCGGCCGCAUCGUCGUUAGUCCUGACAGGCAUCAUCUACUCCUGCUGUGGAACCAGCCGGCCUCCCAGGCUCGGGUCGUGGCCUUUCAGCGUCUGGGCACCGUCGGGGCCGAUCUGGAGAGGAGCUGGCAGCCGCCUCAGCCGCCUGUGGUGGGGCUCCUUUUCCUGGAGGGUUGCGCGGCGGCGGCGGCGGCCUUCUGGGUGCUGGCCGUUGUCUGGGAGCAAGGCAGGACGGAACUCUGGCGCUUUGUGCCUGCAGCCGGGUGGUGCUUGCUGCAGAGCCUGGAGCUGUGCUGUGGAGCCCGGGCGCGCAUUGUCUCCAUCUGCAACCGGGGGAACCGCCUGGUGUGGUGUGAGGAGAGACCCCCUCUAAACGCACAGCUGACCCCGGAGAAGAGAGCCUUCAGGUACUGCAUCUGCACUCGAGAGCUUCAGAUUGGCGAGAAGGGUGCCCAGCUCAGCCCCUUGCGGAUUGUUUUACACAACAGCCCUGCUUAUGAAGUGCUGGCCUCGACCUCUGGUGUAUUUCUAGUGCCCACCCCAGCCACUUUCUCUGGGGUGGCCAAGUGUGUCCUUAUCUGGCGACCGGAAAAUACUGACAUUGUUGUUGCUGUUCCAUCCAGAGGGUGCAUUUGCACCAAAGCCUUGCAUCCGGGCAACGAAGUGGACUUUAAGAAGCUUGUGUUGGGAUAUGUGGGAAUUCUGGCAUCCAUGGAGGUUUUGGAUAUUCAUAGCUGUACCCUCUCAAGCAGCAAAGGGAUCCUCCUUGCCACCAGCUCAGGCACUGUGGACUUGGUUCAACCCAAUGGACUGUGGAGAUCUGUCUUUGAUUUUGGACAAAGUGCCUUGACGCCGGGGAAGGAGAUCCAAUUGAAAGUGUCAGGGGACAUGCUUGUAUGCUUGCUGGGAUGCAUUCUUUAUCUUGUGGACUUGAACAGCAGACAGCUGCUGGAAAAGAAACUCCUGAGCACAGAAAUGUUUUUCUUGGAUUUUCCCACAGAGGAGGAAGAGGCGGUAGCUGUGCAGCUUCUUGCCCCCAAUGGCAUUUACCACCUUGACUUAUCUGGGACUGACAAAGAUUGCCAACCAGAGCCCACCCUGGUGGAGAUGGUCUUUGAAGAGGCAUGCAAGUAUUAUCAGCGGCGCAGCCUCAGCAGCUCCAAGCUUACUGUGGAGAAACUAAAGAAGGGCGGCAUGUUUCAGGCUCCCAUUGCUCUUUCUUCCAUCCUGUGCCAUAGCCUUGCUUCAAAGGAUAAGAGGACUGGGGCUCUCCCAGAGCCUUAUGCAAAGCUUUUGGGCACGAUGCAGCUAGAACUGCAGAGCUUCCAGAGCCUGGAGUUCCUCAAGUCAUGUGUGGUGAGGGCCUCUGAAAGCGAGGUGGACAGCUACAGUGAGGAGCUGGUAGACCAGGAGUUUAGCCGCCUUCUAUGCUUGGAUUUAAACAGGGAGAACCUGGCUUACAUGAAUGCCAUCUUCGGUUCCUUCCCUGUGGCCUCCUGGAAGGCUAUCCAGAACCAUCUGCAACUGCAACAGAAUGGUGAUGGCCUGUUAGUAGCCAGAGCCACCCCAGAUGUGUGGAAGAAAAUUCUGGGGGGACCUGUGCCCGGCCUGUGCAAGCAAGAGGUCUCUCUGAACGGGGUGGUCCCCCUAUUUGAACUCAUCUGUCUGUCUCUUCAUCAGUUCAAGCCAAAAUGGCUACCUAGCUUUGUGGAGUUAUCCCAGCAGUAUGUGGGUACCUCUUGGGCAUACAACAAGGAGGGUCCCGAAUGUGGCAUGCCCCUCUAUAAGAGAGCACUAGCUGUACUAACAAGGAGGAGUAACUGCUCUGUGGCUUAUACAGAAAUAGAGAUUGAGCUCCUUCUAUGCAGCCAUCGGCCCAAAGCUAUCCUGCAGGCCAUACACCUCCUUAUCCGCCACAGGAGAUGGCAGCGUGUGAUGGAUGUAGCCGAGAAAUUUUCUAAGUUAAGCCCUUUGCUAAACAAAGAAAUUUUUAUCAUCCUCUUGGGAGAGUUUGCCCAGCACAGGGCUUUGGAUCCUUACUUGGACACGUUAUGGGAGCUCUGCCCUGCAGACCUGAGUGCUCCUGACAUACUGAGCAUUAUUCAACAGCAUUUACCCCAAACAGAAUUUGACCCCCCACCCUUUCUCCCAGAUGGGGCACCUCAGCUGACUGUCAGCUUGCUCAAGCCACUGUUGCACCGAGUGGCACAUUGUGCAGCUGGCCAGGAUGAAAUUUAUGCUGAUGUCUUACAAGGGCCAGCUUUUCCUCCUCCAACCCCACCUCGGCACCAGCAAGUUGCUUCAAAGGCAGCUGCUCAGGAAUAUGUGCAAAGGACUGAGCCCCUUCAGAACCACACACAAGGCACAUUGUUUGAGGGGGUGUGAAGUUGGAAUAAGAUAAAAAGCAUGUAGGUUGGGCUGGGCAAAAUGGUGUCCAAAGCAAUUGGUCCUGGCAGAAUCAGGAUCUGCCAUCUGUGAAUCCCACUUAGGACCUGCAUUGCUAGAUGUCCUUACCAUAGUGGGUGACAAACCCCAAAGUCUUUUGAACUGUCAGUAGGAGUAUCUGGAAGAGUGCAAAGAUGCUUUUAUGAGAAAGGUUGGGGGGUACCGAGUUACCUUAAAUAAGAGUGAAUGUGCACAUAAGCGAAUUAUAUCAUUGCUUAUAUAACACAGUGAAAUGAAGAUCUACUUCUAAUAUGUUCUAAUCCUUUCAUGAAUAAUGCUGGUGCUGUUUUUUAUUUCCUUAUACAUGUUAGUAAAUACCAGUUCAUAUUUGCAUGUGAGCCUAGCGAUGCUGGGAAAUUGCCCAGCUUUGACUUUAUUGAAGGCAUGUUCUCAAACCCACAUCUCUGUACUCUACUGCCUGCAAUUAUUUCCUUAGUGCAGGGGCUGUUUCCUAGUAUGGUUCCAGCUUACUGGGGGCAAAGUUUCACUGGCCAGGAUAUUUCUUCCCUGAAAUGAAAGUUUGAAACUGCUUGAUGAAGAGCAUGUUUGCUGUCCACUUCUCUGGCUGGAGACUUGUGCUUUGGAGGCACCAUAGUCUCUGCUUGAAUAUGCAAUAUUAAUGUUAGAUGGGGCAGUCCCAGCUAUUUCCAUGGCGCGCGCACACACACCUACCUUUGUCCCCCUCUGAUGGCUUUAUUUUUUUUCCUUUAAAAAAAAUAUGGCUGUAAACAGCAGGGCUCUGUAGUUCACUUAAAUAGCCCACUCCUGUUUAUUCUGAAGCUUACUUAUGCAUUGGGCCCCUUGUGGCUUAAGAUUUAAGCAAAUACUCUUCUUUUGGGAGAGCAAGGUAGGACCUUGUGUAAAAUGUGAGCAUGCUCAGCCCUUAAUGAUUGUCAGCAUCUUACAGUGCCCUUAUACCAAUGGUGUUGAGGAGAUCCUGUCACAUCCACAUAUUCCUAGUGAGAAUUUAAUCGCUUUGGCCUGGGAUGUGAAGAUGGAGUGAGGGAUUUUUAAUAGUUAUAAGCAGGAGUAACUUUUUCUUUUUACAGGUGGAGGAAAAACUACUUUUUAAUCUUAUGAAAUUGUUAGCAUUUGUUUUAAAAGGCAGAGGUUCCCCAGUGUGGUUCUAAAGAGGGAAAUGGUUUGACUACAAGGAAAUCACUGUGCACUUCAGUUCUCUGUUUGAGAGCAGGUUGAGCAGCUUCUCUGAAGCCACUAUGGACUGUAGUGCUGGACCGUUUGGAUUGUUUAGGGAGACGUGGUCGGGGGCUACUAUAUUCUGUGCUACUGUUUGUUUGCUCUCGUCCCCAUCUUGAUCAAGUUAUUGGGGAAUCAUCAUUUAUUACAUAAUAGUGCUUGCUCAGACAAGACCCAGCACUAAUAUAGAGGUGCCUGGAUUCCAAACUAGGCCCACACUUCCUGCAGCAUCACAGUAAGGUGGUAUGCCCUGUGCGGAGCAGUUGCUUGUGUUUGCUGCUGUGGGUUCGCCUUCUCUGGGUGUGGGGGCGGGACAUGAUAGGGUAAUUAGCACAAUACACAGAAAUUCUGGUCCUUCCACACUUCAUCUCUGUUGUAUGAGUUUUAACAAUUAGGGUCAUGAGGAAGUGUUUGGUAUUACAUGGUGUGUGUAUAUAUGUGUAUAUAUAUAUAUUUAGGAUAUGUCUUACAGUAGUGAAUAAGCUGCCUUCUGUGCACUCUGAUGAAAGAGCACAAGUGUCUGGCUUGUGCAUAUAUGCUGACUUGUUUCAUUCUACUUUCUGAUGUUCUCAGGUGAAUUGCAUGUUCUCAGAGAACCCACAGAUUCCCUUAGUCUAGAGCCAAGUGUUUGUGUGUGUGUGUGUGUGUGUGUGUGUAGGGGGGGGGGCUCUGCCUUCAUUACUUGAAACAAAACAUCUUUUGGAUACAACUCUUAGAGGGGGGCCUACAGAGCUAAAGUAUGAGAACCACUCCCCCCAAGUGUAUGCAGUUCUGCCUAUUUGCAAUAGGAAUGAAGCUUUGGGUUUUAGAAGGUUCGGAAACUCUUGAUUACAACAGGGUAUGUAGCAUGUAUGAGAAACUGCCCCUAUGAUUUCCUUGAAUGAUACAUGUUCUGCCCGUCCAAAGUAACUUGGCAAAAAAUAGCUUUGAUGCUAAUCUUGACAAACAAGUUAAUUCUGUUUUAAUGCAAUAUUUGGUUUCUGAAGCCACUUCUGUGUUCUGUAUACAGAAUUAAAAGUUGAUGAACAAUCAUGAAGAACUCUGCCCCUGACCGGGAAGCACCUGGCAUGUACAUUGUAGGCACCCAGCUGCACAUUUUUUUCCUGUGAGCUGUUGAGCCAAACUGGGCUUCCUUUGUUAAUGAGGAACAACUCUAGAAGAGAAAUUGCUGCAUGAACCACAAAACCUCCUAGCAUAAGAAAACCAAUGAUUUGCCAGAAAGGGCUUGCAUGUUAUGGUAGUAGCAAUCAAUGCACCUUUGUCUUCUGUGUUACAUUAUAAAAGCUGUAUUACCAGCUACCCAGCUCCUUUUCUGAAAUGGGGGAGGGGGGUCACUGUCUACUUUUGCCUCUAGCAAAGAUGAUGUUGAGCAGAAAUAAGGUAGGAGAGAUGAUGGAGCAUGGAAAGCAAGAAAGAGACAGAAAUAAGAAGUAAGCACUGUUACAACAGCAGCAGGUAUAAACUAGCCUGAAAUGAAGUUGUGUGCCAUAAUGGAAGUGGAUUUCUCCUCUCUCUCUAGGUUCAUAAGGCAAAGCAUUUGAUGCUUAAUUUAAUGCUUCAGGGGCUGUUUUUAGCUUAUUCCACUCUUCCAAUUGUAGAAACUCAAACAGAUUUGGGAGAGGCAUUUUGUGGCUGAAUAAGCAUUUGCAGCUGAAGUCGGUGGGGGGCAUGUCAAGACCCUAUUUAACAGCAGAAGUUGCCAUCAUUACAGGAGAGGUCUGCUUUCUUAGAAGACAUUAUCAGCUUAUCCUUCUGUUCUCCUUACAAGUUUCUGUCCUUAGUGAAGACAUACGUAAAACAGUCUGCACUAGAUUUAGUUGCCUAAAAUUUGGGGUUUUUUAAAGACGUAACAACAGGCUGAAAAUUUUUUUUAACAAAAGUUACAGGAUGGCUUAUGUGGACCCACUAUCUAAUGAUGGGUACAUGUGCUGGAGCAACUUCUAUAGCCAAUAGCUUCUAUAGCCAAUAGCUUCUAUAGCCAAUAGCUUCUAUAGCCAAUAAAAUAGUAUGUUAUCGUGGGAAGUUAUUGGAAGUUAUAUAAACACUUUACAUUAAACUUUCAGUACUGUGAAACACUCUGAAAAAUGUAAUUGGUAUAGGCUUGAUAUAAAAAUUAGCAAGAGCUAUGCCUGCAUAAUAAAAAUUGCCACAUAAAAAGCUUUUACUUCCCAAUGUUUGAAGGUGUAGUUAAAGUCACCAAUGUCUGCUGAGUCUUUGGAAGAACUGGGCUGUAUUGGGAGGGAUAAUGGAUAAGAGUCGGUUGCAAAGGUCACAACUCAGUGGCAUAACAGGAGGGUGUUUACCAUAUUUAAAAAAAGACCCAGGCUCUUUACACAGCCCAUGCCUGUAGAUUUAAGAACUUUAGUUAAUAAGUAGAACUUAUUGUACUUGUUGUACUUUCUAACUCAAGAUAAUCAGGAUUUAAACCUUUGCUACCUUUCUUGACAAUAAGUCUCUGCAACCCCUAUAUGAGCCAAACUGCUCAUCUCCCAUUGAUGGUUUGGGUGACAAUAGUGAGCCGCAGAUGCCACCUGAUGGGGUCACCCCUGUUAAUGCUCUGAUACCACCACUUCAUAUCAAUAGACCUUUAUUGAGUUUACUGUCCAACUGAUGCUUCAUAUUCCCCUACAGCAUCCUCAGCUCUUGUGUCCUAAUAAUGUAUGGCCUUUCCAGAUGGUUUAAAAUAUCUUGCUUGAUUUUAUUCAACAUAUGUGCUAAGCUUAGCAUUGGUAGCAAAAUGGCUUAGUAAAUAAAUGGUAUGCUGCAGUUGAAGGCUGGGGGGGUGGCAUACAUGUUUGUAUUUCAGAUAGUAAACAAGUGCUACAGCAUUGGUCUGAGAAUGCAAGCAGGACUCAACAAUUAGAAGGAGCAAAGGUGAGGAGGUAGGGAGCCUUACAACAAUAUUUGUUUUUGUUUUUUAAAGAUUCCUAACAGCAUGCCUAUGCAGCACAGUAGUAAAUGGAUGCAUUUUACAAAAUUAAAGUGGAAUGGGAAAAAUAGUAUCAUUCCUCAGUAAUGAUGUCCCAGAUACUAGUUAAGAUGUGCCUGAGACAUUUCUUCCUACGAUCAGUAUGGCCACUGAGAUGUUGAGGGGGAAGUGGAUGCAUUUCCUCUACAAAAUG